AUGGGCGCCGCGAACAUGGGCGCCGGAUACAGUCCAGGUGUCUCCUCCGGAGGAGGAUCCCCAGUGAUCGCUAAACGGGAAACUUUUAUAGAUCCGAGCCACGAUCGGAACCGCCGCGAGUUUGUCUGCGUCCCCGAACGAAUUCCUUCCAUCGGCACCACUCUCCGCUGUGGUACGGCCAGCCUCACUCUGUCUCGACGAAGGCCGGGAGACGGCGAGCCGACUAGGCGUAACGAUCCGGAACACGGCAACCAAGGCAACCACUCGGAACCACCACCUCGACCACGAAGACCACGCAGCCACGAAACUACGCAUAGGACAUCGAGUACACCAUCAACGGAACCACGGCUAGGCAUAGCCAAUCACGACAUAGGACCACAGGAUGACAGGGGUGCUAAUGCGCCCGAGGAGCCGCACGAGACGUCUGGCGUCAAGGAGGAAAGCACAGAGAACACCGAGGAAAGCACAGAGAACACCGAGGAAAGCACAGAGAACACCGAGGAAAACACAGAAAACAAUGAGGAAAGCACAGAAAACACCGAGGAAAACACAGAGAACACAGAGAACACCGAUGAAAACACAGAGAAAACCGAGGAAAACUCAGAGAACACAGAAAACGACGAGGAAAACGCAGAGAACACUCGAGGGAGACCCGAAGAGGAGAUCGAGACCCAGGGUCUCUCAACCAAACAACCAGGUGGACCAGGAACGUGGCUGCAAGAUUAA